AUGAGUCCGAAGCCGAGAGCCUCGGGAUCCCCGGCCAAGACCAAGGAGACCCCAAAGAGGAAGUUCUCUCCCCAGCAGGGCUCCAGCAGCCCGAAGAAGAAGGCUACCCGGGCGGCCAAGAAGGGAAAAGCAGCUCGUGGACGGAGGGGCAAGAAGAAACGGGCCACAAGCAAGAUGGCGGCGGCGGCGGCGGCGGCGGCGGCCCCUGAGGUGGGGAGCGGGCCAGCGGCCCCCGGCCCCAGUGACCAGCCCAGCCAGGAGGAGCUCCCUCAGCACCAGCUGCCGGUGGAGGAGUCCGUGAGCGAGGGGAGCCAGCAGGACACCCUGAGCCAGGACACCCAGCUGGAGGAGCCACUGAGCGAGGCGGCGGCCACCGACUCCACCAUUACCCUGAGUAGCGACUAAGUUCAGGCCCAGUCGCCAGACCUCAGAGAUCUCACCAGCAGGGUGGCCCCUGGUGCAGACAAU